AUGUUAAAAUCUAUACUUGAAAGUCAACGAAUUUAUUUAUUUAAACAACGUCGAGAUAUAAUUAAAGCAAUUUUAAUUUUAUGUCAACAAGCACCAAUGCGUCUUUCAGCAUUAUGUCGUCGAAAAAUACGUCAAUCAACGAAAUCAUUAAUUGAUAAACGAAUUGCACUUGAUUCUAUUUUACCGAAAAAUCUUCAACAAUAUUUAAUUAUUGAUGAAUUAAAAUUAUUUCUAUCAUCAUUAACUAGUAAACGAUUACUUUUUCUAAUUCAACAAUCGAUUUCUUAUAAUAAAUUAUCUUCAAAUUUCAUAUCAUCAUUUAAUGAACUCUGUUCGUAG